CGGACGAUAAAUAUAAGCUUCAACGAUAAGUCUUCUACAAAGUCGAUCACAUUCACCGCCAUCCCUCUCUCUUCAUAAAUCUCUUCUCCUCUCUCCAAAAAUUACUGGGCAGAGCAGCAGCAGCAGAGAAAAAUACAUAGAAGAUUUUGGUAAUAGCUCUUUCAAUAUGAGUUUCGCAUCAGUAUAUAGAUUACUCCAGGAGAUAUUCCCUGAGGUUGAUUUUCGUUUGUUGAGGGCUGUUGCUGUUGAAAAUCCAAAUAAUCCUGAUGUAGCUGUGGAAGAGGUUCUAAAUAUGGGUUUACCCUUUACAUCCUCGGUAUAUCUACCUGGUUCUACUAGUAAUCAGGUUGAUAACCAACAAUCUGGAAACAGUCCAGUACAGACUCCUCUUAGUGACAAUGUGAAUAGCAAGCAUGUGUUGACUGGAGAAAGAGUUGCAGCGGAGCAGAGCGUAUCUUUGCAGCACCAAGGGCUGGAUGAAGAGACGAAAACAUGCUCUCCUUCAGACCAAGGAUCUGUUGAAAGUGAAGUUGCAAUUCUAGAUGAGAUCCAGAGUGGUGUUUCAGCUGCAACAAUGAGUGCUCUAGCAGGGGAAUCUUUAGAUUAUAGUGAUGCCACAGGCAAUCAAAAUACUGAUGUCACCGUUGAGUCGGAUGAAGUUUUUGACGGUUCUAAUUCUUCUGCAAUAAACGGCGACCUUAACUUAAAUUUGAAUUGCCCACCCAAAGAAGGACAGAAACUGGACAACGAAGAAAUAGCACCUUUUGCAGACUCUGCAGCAAAUAGUGAAUUUUCUAACAGUGAAUUUGAAAAGUUGGAAUCCAGUGGUUUGUUAGAGAGUAGUUCUGAGCGUGUGUUUUGUGAUACUGAAAAUGAUGAUAGUCUAGAAAAUUCUUCCUCUACUACUAUAGUCUCGAAGUCCGGCCAGACAUGUAGCAUAGAUCUUCUUGAAAAUGCCAUUGAAGAUGCUAAGAGUAACAAGAAGAAUCUGUUUGCAGCCAUGGAGACAGUUAUUAAUAUGAUGAAAGAAGCUGAACUUCAAGAGGAGAAGGCUGAACUUUCUAAAAAGGAAGCUUCAUUGGGUGGUUUAGAUACCCUUGAGAGGGUUGAAGACCUCAGGCAGAUGUUGCAACGUGCAAGAGAAGCAAAUGACAUGCAUGCUGGAGAAGUUUAUGGGGAGAAGUCCAUCCUAGCAACUGAGAUGCGGGAGCUCCAGUCUCGGUUAAUCAACUUAUCAGAUGAGAGGGAUGAAUCUCUUUCUAUUCUAGAUGAGAUGAACCGAACUCUCGAAGCACGACUAGUUGCUGCUGAGGAAAUGAGGAUCGCAGCUGAUAAAGAGAAGCAAGAAAGGGAAAAUUCUGCUCGAGAGUUACUUGCAGAACAAGAACUCAUCAUGGAGAAGGUGGUUCAAGAAUCAAAAAAACUACAACAGCAAGCAGAUGAGAACUCCAAGCUCCGUGACUUCUUGAUGGAUCGAGGACGUGUUGUCGACGUACUGCAAGGGGAGAUUGCUGUUAUAUGCAAAGAUGUGAAAUUGCUGAAAGAAAAAUUCGAUGAGUGCGUUCCAUUCAGCAAGUCGGUUUCAUCAAGCCAAACAAGCUGUAUAUUAGCCUCUUCAGGCUCAUUCUCUAAGAGCCUUGUAGCAGAUUGGGUUCCUGAGCAUGAUCUGUCCUCCGAGACCCCGAAGAAGAUCACUCCUGCAUCUUCAAUAUCCUCAGCAUCUCUAGUAUCCUCGGUCUGUGAGGAUCAUCCAUUAUUGAAUACCACUAGCCCUGAGAAUGAGGAUACCAAGUUUGAUGGCAAAAAGUCUCUUUCAGAUGAUGACUGGGACAUGUUCGAGGACGAAACUCCAGUCUUUCCUUAAACUCUGGGUGUCCAUAUAUUGCAGUGAGAAAAACAUGUUGAUUUUGCCGGAAUUCUAAUUUUUUGUUGCUGACCCAUACAGUAUCAAAGUUCUUAUUAGCUUAUUUUUCUUUAUGCCUCUUCUAGUCUUGGUUAAUAAGGUAAUAGGAACUAGAAACUAGUAUUGGUUGCUAGUAAUAUAUUUUGUAUAGCAGUACUUUGGUUUGCUUAUGAGAUCUCACAGAUUCUAUUCUGUACAGUAGUAUAUGAACUCGACGAAGUAUAAGAAUAUUUUUUUUAGGUUUUGAUUGAGGUAUGUUUUGAUAAUUAUUCCUUUUUCUAAGUAAGUUUCAUUUACA